GGCGGGGUGCGGGACACAACAUUCAACUAAAUCCUGCCGCAGGGACACUGACGGGUGGACUCUGCUGGGGUGCCGGAUGGGGAUCACACAGCAGAAAUACCUGAUUCUGGAAUAAACCAUGAAAUCAUUCAUGUACGUUCUGGGACACACCUUUGGUGCCUUAUCAGAUGGAGCCCUUGGGCGCCUCCUUCCUGCUGAGCCCACCAGCGGAGGCCCGAUGGUUGGUGGUGUUCUGAGAGUUUCCUAAGGGUGAACUCAUUUCACGCUAACAACAACAGCACCACCACCACCAACAACCACAUCACAAGGUGUAGCAAAUUGUCUCAGAAGAAGUACAGCGGCACCCCCUCCCCCACCCCUGCAGUAAGCCGUGGUCUGGAAGCAGAUGAUCCCCCUUCGGACAUAUGGUCAGAAGACCAGGACUCGCUGAACACUGGUCACCGGGUCUGCGUCAUUCCCCUCCCUUCACCCCAUCAGGAGUGCAGGCCCUGAUCUGUCAGCGGGGGACACAUAAGUCUCUGAGGAAUGUAUCGGAACUGCCCCUUGAGUGGACAACUGGCCAGGAGUUAUGUGAGGAUGGUUGGGGUUGCCAAGAUACACUGAUCCUCAUUGAGAACGGACCCCAAGCGAGCGUGGUGAUCAACAAGGGCUGCACCUCAGUAGCGGAUCAGGAUGUCCUCAUCAGGGAGCAUAGUGCAGGCCCUGGCCUCACUGUCCUCUCUUACACCCAUGUGUGCCGGGAGAAGGACAACUGCAACAGCCUGUCCACCAGCCUCCCGCUCUGGAACCUACCCUCCACUGCAGGCCCGGGCUCCCUGAGGUGUCCAGUCUGCUUGUCUACAGAACACUGCGAGUCUGCCACAGAACUGACCUGCCCAGCCGGGAGCACGCACUGCUACCGUGGGGCAAUCAGGCUCAGGGAAGGGGAUAGCUUCAGCGUUCUGAGAGUCCAAGGAUGCACGUCCCAAGCAGGCUGCAACCUGCUCAACGGGAUUCAGAAAAUCGGGCCCAUCCAAAUGAGUGAGGACUGCAGCCCCAGUGUUAGUCUGACCUGUCAACGGGGGGUCAUGUUGUACAGCAAUCAAAACCUGUCUCGGACGCCCCUCAGGUGGACCACAGAUCACUACGAGCUUUGUAACGUUGGGGAGGUGUGUCAGGAGACACUUCUGCUCUUCGAUGUAGGACACAAAUCAAUCAUAGUAGGAAGCAAAGGCUGCAGCAAGGGCAAGAGGCAGGAUACCUCUACGAUCACCGUACACUCGGGACCCCCUGGAGUGCUGGUGGCCUCCUAUGCCCGUUUCUGCCCCUUCAACAGGUGCAACAGGGCCAGCAAUACCAGCGUCCUGUUGAACUCUCUCCCUCGUCCAGCUGCCCCUGCCCCGGGAAAUUUGCAGUGUCCCGUCUGUGUGAACAUCUUUGGAUCCUGCCCAGAAAACCCCCAAAAUGUUAUGUGCCCCCGUGGCACCACUCAUUGUUACAGUGGUUACAUUCAGAUCCAGGACGGUGGGAUACGGUCUGAUUUGAACAUUCAGGGCUGCGUGACCCAAGCUUCCAGCUCCUUGUUGAACCAUGUCCGGAAAAUUGGGGUCUUCUCUGUGACUGAGAACCCUGAGGAAAAGCUGGACGUUAUUCUCCAAGCUGGAGCAGCCCCCGUGCCCUUACUGGCUUGGGUGGUGGGGCUUGGACUAUCCCUAGCCCUCUGGUGUGGGAUGCCUCUCUGCUGACCCCAUUCCCCUAUGAUUCUUAACUCCUUGCUGACCCCCUAAACCAACCUUCCUUCUGACCUCAUAACCAAACAGCCUUGGACACUGAAUUAUUUCCUUGUCCUCUCCGUGAAUCAUCAUCCCUCAGCACACCCACAUACCUCAUGGCCUGAUAACAACAUAUAGAAGCAGCUGGGGAAAGCUGAACUUGACCUCUGGGAGAGGUCAAGAGUGGCCACAUGUGUCUGAUAAUAAAGACAUCGUCCUUUCCCUGAA